CAAUAAACAAAGUGUAUCUGCCUAUUUUCGCUUCGUGGCAAGAAGCCGCUUCAUAACUCAAAAGUUUAUGCGGACUUUUGAGUUAAUUCGUUUGGGGUUCGGAGUAGGAGUCUACUCCGAGGGUGGAGGCUUAGGUUUCAUCAUCAUCAAGAAAAAAAAUACGUCAGACAUGGCUGUAUGGGCAUAGUUCCCUUUGCCUUACCCUUCGGGGAAAAAAAAAAAAAAACAUUUUAGGUUAUGUUAUGAGUGUUAGAUAAAUUAUUAUUUUUGUCAAAUCUUUGUGAAUUAGUACAUCAGAAUGGCAACAAAUUAUGCUAAGUAUGCGCAGUUAAUAAACGCUUCUACGAAUUACGCGCGUAGAAUGAAGCGUCUCUCAAAUAGAAUAUUCGGCGAGGUGGCAAUUCCCACUAACUCCAAAUCCAUGAAAGUAGUGUCAAUAUUCAGCGGUCGGCCGCUGCACUCAGACGAGACCAUCGUUCACUACUACCCGCGGCACGUAGAGACGCACGCUCUGACGCUGCGGCUGCGCGAGUAUGGGCUGUUCCGCGACGAGCACCAGGACUUCAAGGAGGAGAUGCGGCGCCUGCGCGAACUGCGCGGCAAGCACAAGGUCUGGCGCCGGCACCUAGACUCCGCCAGCAAGCAAUAAAUCUAUAUUUUAAGUGGAAAUAGUAUUAUUCAUAUAAAACAUAGUUUUAGUUUAAAUAAACAUGUAUUUAUAAAAUUUA